UUCCUUUUAAUUUCAAAGUGCAGUAACUUCCAUCUUCUGUAACGCAUUCAAAAAAAGGUUAAAAAAAGGCUUUGUUUUAGACGGGGAAAAGUAUAUUUAAAUUUUUGGUGGUAUAAAAAAAAAUUAUAAAAUAAAAUAGUAAAUUAUAUAAAUAUCGUUCUCUUCUUUCUCUUCUCACAUCUUCUUCCUCUUUUCACAUUUUCUCAUACAGAAGCUCUGGCGCACUCCAUCACCGGUGGCUCUGACCACUGCUACCCAACAGCGAUGAAGACGACCACCGUGACGGCUCCUGCUCCCCUUCUUCGUCGCAGUUCUACCUUCCUCACUAAACAGCAUCGACGGCGACGGAUCUCUCUCCCUCGCUUGUUCUUGACUUGGCGGCAACACUGGAAGUGGCAAAUGGCAAAAGUUUUUCUAUCAAGCACUGUGUUUUUUCACCUAUGCUUUCUUGGUUCAUUGAGUCAGAGCUCACUGGUUGAAUAACUAUGCUAUCACAAUUGUAAGAUCCACUAAAAAUUGGUCUCAUGGCAGAUCAUGAUGCAGAAUCUUCCUCCUCACAUUUCAUAUAUGAUGUUUUUCUGAGCUUUAGAGGCUUCACCCGAUACGGAUUCACGGAUCGCCUCUAUCAUGCUCUGCAUGAGAGAGGAAUCACCACCUUCAGAGAUGAUGAGAACGUCAGAGUUGGUGAUAGAAUCAGAGAUACUCUUCUUGAAGCCAUUGAAAGAUCCAGGAUGUCUAUUGCUGUGCUGUGUAAGGACUAUGCUUCUUCCACAUGGUGUUUGGAUGAACUAGUACAGAUCAUGAAGUGCUGGAAUAAUGGAAAAAAUCAACCGGUUUUGCCAAUCUUUUAUCAAGUGGAACCAUCAGAUGUGAGGCGCCAGAGGAACCAAUAUGAAAAAGACAUGAUGAAGCAUGAAGAUUUAGUUAAUCUAUGAAAGUGAGAUUAUAAAGAAAAUUGUUGAAGAGGUCUCAGAGAAGCUUCCUCCUGAACCACUAUACAUUAAGCAUCCAAUUGGUUUUGAUUCUCACUUUGAAGUAGUGGAAUCUCUUUGGAAUAUUGAAUCUGACAAUACCAUUUGCAUGCUGGUCAUUUAUGGAGAUGGUAACAAGACCACACUUGUUGGAGAGUUGUUUAACAAGUUCAGGCAUCAAUUUGAAGCUGCGAGUUUUCUUGACAAAGUAUCUGAAAAAUCAGUGAGAAGUGCCGAUGGUCUAGAAAAUCUCCAAGAAACACUUUUGUAUGAAAUGGGUGUGCAUAAAAAGCUAAAGUUGGGAAGCACAUUAACAGGAUCUUCUGAUAUAAAACAAAAUCUUCACAAUAAAAGAGUCCUUCUGAUUCUCGACGAUGUUGAUAGUACAGAACAGUUGGAUUCACUGGCAGGGUGAAGUGAUUGGUUUUGUCCUGGUAGUAGAAUUAUUAUAACAACAAGGGAUGCCAAUUUCCUAAAUAAUCAAGUGUUAAAUGGAUUCAAGAUUGAGAAAUAUUGCAUUAAUGAAGGUGAAUUUGAAGGAAUGGAAGGUGCUAGAUCAAAUCAGAAACGAGAUAUGGUCAUCCAGGAAGAUAUGGUGGGCUUUGUGAAUAUCUUCAACCAUGUAACUAAGCAAUUGAAAGAAAAUGAGUCAUGUCUUAAUGUUAUCUCCAUAAUAGGCAUGGGUGGUUUGGGUAAGACUACCCUUGCUAAAAAAAUUUACAAUGAUAAUGAGGUGGAGAAGUUGUUCUCUUAUUAUGUAUGUAUCACUGUUUCUAUGGACUACAAAGCCAGGGAAUUUCUUCGAAGCCUUCUCAGUGGUUGCAACUUGUCCAAGUCUACUGAACAUUUGGGCGAGGAGGGACAGAAGCGGAAGGUGCAAGAAUACUUAAAGGAGAAGAAGUAUUUGAUAGUGCUUGAUGACUUCUGGGAACCUAAAGUUUGGGAUGAGGUACAAUGUUUAUUUCCGGAGGUGGCGAAUUAUACAGCAUCAAAGUCCCACUCCCUUCCAUUCCUAGAUAAGGAUGAAAGUUGGAAACUAUUUUGCAAGAAGGUCUUUAGGGGAGGAGAGUGCCCAUUUGUUCUAGAACCAAUUGGUAGAUCAAUGGUUGAAAAAUGUAGAGGCUUACCACUUGCUAUUAUCACCUUGGCCAGGGUGGUUGCGAAGAAGAAGCAACUGACAGUUGAGUGGAUGAGAAUCAUGAGCAAUGUCAUUUGGUAUCUUGCUACAGAUAACAGUAGAGUCACUGAGGUGUUGAAGCUUAGUUAUAACAGCUUGCCUCAUCGAUUAAAACCAUGUUUUCUAUACUUUGGGAUGUUUCCCGAAGACUAUGCAAUUCCUGUGAAACGAUUAAUACUAUUAUGGACUGUUGAAGGGUUAAUACAGCCACCAAAAACAGGAAUAUUAGAUGCACCAGAAGUAGAAGAUAUUGCUGAAGAGUACUUAAAUGAGUUGGUGGAUCGCAGCUUGGUGAUGGUGGCAAAAAGAAGGAGUGAUGGAGGGGUCAAAAGCUGCCGGAUUCAUGACCCGCUUCUUGAUCUUUGCAUAUCAGAGAGUAGAGCUGAAAAUGGUAUAGAUAUAUGCACGGUGAAGGACAUUAGAUCCCUUGGCAAUGUGAAAUCCUGUAGAUUGUCCCUUCGAGACACCGAUUGGGAUUCAUUUAAGCAGUGUGAUCACUCCUGCAUCCAUUCUUUAAUGUCCUUUAGGGAGAAUUGCAUUCCAAGACGGCAAAAUCUUGAUCAAAUGGGUUUCGAUUCAGCUCGCAUUUUGGACUUUGGAUGUAAUGAUUAUGUUAUAUCAUCAAUGGCACAGGAUUUGAGUAUGUUCAUCCAUUUAAGAUACUUGAGACUAAAUCGGGGUGCACACUGCCCAACAGAGGAUCAUCCUGAUCCAAUCUGCACCCUUCCGAACCUAGAAACUCUAAUUGUUGAAGAACAUUUCCACUGUUAUAAACUCCCCCAUGGAAUAUGGAGGCUCAAGAAACUGUUGGAGCUUGAUCAAAUAUUGUCGCUUGGGUGAGCUUCUAGAGCGAUUGUGGUCCUUGCCCAACUUGCAAGAUGUGCUUGUUGUCGACCCAAAGCCAUCAUAUAGAGCAAGAAAAGGUUAAAAGGUUACUUUUGUGUCUAAUUACUAGAGAACAUAUUACUGGUGCAUAUAUCAACAAUAAUCUUGAUAUUGGUUUUGAUUUAACAAGAAAAGCAUCCUAUAUUGCUGUUGCUAGAUCAAGUAAAUUCAUCAAAGUUAUGAUUACUGUCAUGUCCUAUACCACCAAAUAAGAAACUGUC